AUUUACAAUUGGCUUGUAACUUUAGUUAUUGAGCUGACAUCUCGCUUUUCGGGACCUGAGACUGCACUUAAGGACUCAUUGUACCUGAUUUGGAACUAUUGUUUUGUUUUUCUGCACCUCUGGAAACUAGAGACUUCUUUGGAGACUGGGCGGCAGGUAUAGAUCCCUCUGCAUGCAGAGACUAAAUAGUUUAAUGGAUCUAUGUUUUUUUUAAGAUCUCAAGAUUUCAAGGCCUUUAAAAGGUCGGCCUUAAAAGAACUACAUUUUCGACUGAGCUUUUCGAAAUCCGUAGUUCAGGAAACUAAAGACUAAUUUGAAGAUUGGCAUUAGACCUUAAGACGUUACUUUUAAAGGUCUUGAAGAAUUUAGAUAACCCAUUAGAAGACAGGACAGACUCAAGAGUAGGCUUGUGUGAUUGGAGCUAAGCGGAGUCCUUGCCGUUUACUUCGCAAAAGGUAUAAAUCACAAAUCAGGUAACAAUAUUUUAAACAAUACUACAAACGUGUGGCAGACACUAACAAACAAGAAGAAGAAAUGGAGAAUAACGAAGAACUAAGAAAAUGGGACGAAAUAUUAAAAUUUGCCGAUUGGGAUGAAAUUGAACGAGAAAUUGAACAAGCUGAGGAAAGAUACAGAAAAAGGGAAGGAAUCGAAAUCCAUAGCAGUGAUCCCAGAGGAUGUUUCCACUAUGUAGAACGCAAGGAGAUGGAGCAACAGAAGCAAUCCCUUCUCAGUUCGGAUAUGACUCCAGAAGAGCAUGAUCGUUGGACCGAUCAAUUGCUGGAGCUAAUCAAGCCAGAAGAGAAGGAGAACGAGCGCUAUGAGAUGAUUACUCCCGAGACCGUUAAGCGUUUGUUUGAAGAAGCCCAGGCAGAGGAAGAAGCAAAGGUGAGGAACAGUGGAAAGGACACGGGAAAGAAGGCUGAACAGAAUGGAGAACAAAAGGAAAGUAAGCAGGAAUCAGCUCAGCCCAAGCAGCAAGCUAAUAAAGACUGUAAGCCGUUCAAUAAACAGAACUUUAGGCCCCAACUAUUGAAUGCCAAAACACUAAGUGAUCAUCAACUGAAUGAGCAACAGAGCGAUCAACUGAUCGAUGAACUGAACAACCAGUUAAUGGACCAAUACCAGAGCAAGUAUAACCAAAACGGAGAAGGAGACUGGCACGGUUCUCAAGGUAUGCAGUGCGACACGAAUUUCAAUGGUCUUUCAAGCCAGCAGACAGCCCCCCUUAUGCUCAACAAUGUGGGGUCGCCGUACUUUCUAAAUUCAGCCGUAAAGGUUAGCACCAUGGUGCCGAUGACUGAAGCAAUGUCAUCGCCCACGACCACUGGCAAGGCGGUUCGACGUCGCGGCCGCAAGCCAAACAUUACCAACACCCUGAAGGCAAAUGUGCCAAAGCGUCCCUACAGGCGCCGGCAGCCAGUUAAGUCCGUGGCGGAGGCGAAGCCAGAGUUUUGGCCCAAGCCCGACAUAGAUGUGACGCCAUUUAUCAAUCCACUGGUGAAGGAGAUAUAUCCGAAGGUGAUUGUCCAGCCGGCCCAUCGGGAGUGGGUCAUUCCGAAAGAUUUCGACUCCCCCACCAUAUUGGAGGCAUGCAAACCAUUCUUUGCUCUACAGCCCAAGUCAGUGAACCCACCGGCCUCACAGCCAGCACCCCAGAAGCCCAAACCAGAGAAAGUCAUACCCAAAACGUUCGUGGAUCCGAAGCCACAGCCGUUCCCAACACUUAUGGCUCCGAGACCAAGCCCAGAGGUCACAGUCACCAGAGUGCCGCCCAGCCAGGACUGCCAGCACGUUCGCUAUUUGGUCGUCAUGCGGGACAUCAAUGGCAACGAGCAGAGCGCCAUGGUGAACGACGAACAGCUUCAGCAGCUGCUCAAGUUGGGAAUGCCACCCUGCACCUGGAUUGGAUUCGUUCCGCCGCCGGUUGCGAUGCCGCCGCCCCCACCGCCCCGGCCCAUUGAGCCAUUCAAGCAUGCCCCGGCCAUGCCGAGCAUCCUCAAGCAGAAAGCACAGGCCAAGCUGCGCCACACCGUCCAAAACUACCGCGAAAGCUGCUGCAGCUACUGGGGCCAAGACCGAGGCCGAGGGGGCAUUUUAUUAUGA